AUGGCUGAUGGUGUGGAGACUCAAAUGAAGGCAUUGAUCGAGUUUCUGCGCGCCUCAUCGGCAGAACCAGUGCUCAUCGAAGCCCAUGUGCGAUCCCUUCGUGAGAAAAUCUCAGCACUUCCCAAAAUGUCCUUGGAGCAAGCAACGGCUUUGGCAUCUACAGUGAAGUCAGCCGAGGGUGUGAUUGAGGGGAAGGAUGUGAAAGCAAUCUUAGAUGCCCUGCAUGAAAAAAUGAAAGGUGCUCCUUUGGAUCCGAAGGGGAAACGCCCCAUGCAAGAGUGGUUGACUUGGGCGUGCUUCUUGACGGCAGACCUUUGGGAAGUGAUUUUGAAAGGAACCAACACAUCUCUGGUUCUAAAGCAAGUCGUGCAGUUCUUAUUCAAUCUUGGCCUGCGAUGUCCCUCAGAAACGGUCUAUGGGACACUCACGGCCAUGUUGGUUUUGAGAAUGCCUGAGAAUGAGCGCAACUUUCAAACCACACAGGACUGGUUCAGCUUGCACACGACGGUCAAGACCCAAGUGAAGGCUAUCUUAGAGAUGUCAAAAGGCCAAGACCCGGGCAUCAUUGGCACCUACCUUGAAAACUUGGAGAAGCCUGAGAACCCGGGUGUGUCAAUGCCAGAGGCGCCAAAAGCUGACAACCUUGGUGCCAUGGAGCAGGAUCGGCUGCAACCACCAUUGGAGGUAAAGUCCAAAACCGAUCCUGCGGUUCCACUGCCUGAAAAACACGAUCCUGUGGUUCCAGGGCCUGAAAAGCACAAGGGUGUGAAGUCUGCGCUCUUGAGCUUGGAUGAGGCAAUGGAAAAGCGUGAGACUGACAAGAGAGGCAUUCCAAAGUCAGGCCGCACUGACUGUCAGCGGCCUGCCGCCUCAGCGCACUUUGUGAGCAGCCUCGUGGGCCGCCUCAGUGAUUUGUUGGGUGGGGAUGCAACAGACAUCCUUGAAGCCAGCUUUUGCGCCGCCGUACUUCCAGGAAAAGAGAAGAUAGAAGCUCAGAGAGAGCACUACGAAGGCAAAAGUGCAGGAUCGUGGGCCGCCAAAGCAAUCAUGGUCCAGUCAGAGAUUUCGCACUUGGCAGCAGCAGAUGCCCACCACUCAGUAGAUCUUAAGCCAGAGAUUUCUCAAUCAGCAUCGACAGAUGCCAAUCCAGACAUUUCGCAAUCGACGUCACCUGAUGCCCAGCCAGAGAUUUCGCAAUCGGCAUCAGCAGAUGCCCAGCCAGAGAUUUUGCAAUCGGUAUCAGCAGAUGCCCAGCCAGAGAUUUUGCAAUCGGCUUCAUCAGCAGAUGCCCAGCAAUCAGUUUCACCAUUGGCAUCAGCAGAGGCCCAGCCAACGAAUUCGAAAGAAACACCAGCUCCAAAUAGUGAGACUUCGGCCCAAGCAGUGGACGCCCAGCAGCCAGCCGCAGAGCAAGAAACGCAGCCAGAAGCGCCAGGAUGGAAGCAGCGCCUAUGCAAAGAUGGUGUGGUGCGUUGGUUCAUGGAGAUCUUUUUGGAGCUGGGCAUUCGGGGCAGCUUUGUUCCAUUCCAAGCGAUUGAAGAGCAAGUGUACGAGCACUAUGACAUCUUCGAGCGGAAGACGACUCCAUUAUCCAUUGCGGUUGCGCGUCCACCCUCGGGAGUUGCUCAGAAGAUUUACCAUUUGGUCCGCGAUGGGAACUAUGUAGACAUCAAGUCCUUCCAGGGAGAAUUUGUAACCAGGGUGAAAUAUCACGGGAGUGCACAGGUUCAAGACUUCUUGAUGUGCUGCAUGGACGCUGUGGACGACACCGUCCCUCCCAUCGAUCGACGAAACCAGAUGCGUUUUGUGGUGAACGGUACACACUUCAUCUCAAAUGGUGAGUGGCGUGAUGAGGUUUCAAAAUGUUUUUCGCCAAUGAGUGAGGAGGCUGUGCCGCCCAAAUCCUCCAAGGCAGCGCCCAAGAAAUCUCCCAAGCCGUCACAAGUCAAUCCAUCUGUCCAGCCAAUCUUGAGUGACGAGAGCCAGCGUCUUAUGAGAGAAUGCCCAGAAAACCAAUUGGGCAUGGACACUCCUGAGAAGGUUGGAGAGGAGCAGGUUGAAGAAGCAGAAGUGAGUCAAACUGCCAAGGUCGACUCUCUGGUUCUCAUGGACAGCCCUCCCAAAGAUGAGGAAUUGAGCAAAGUCGUUUGCCAGAAGUGCCAGAUGGAGGUGUUUGUGUUCGAUGCCCAAGCCAAAGGCAAGACUUGGUGGUGUAAAGCGUGCAAUGCCAUCAACUCGACACUCCGUCGAAACCUCACAUGGCCACCUCCAGAGUUUGCUGCUCUGACCACCGAAGAACAGGUUCAAUUUUGGCAACAGUGCCGUGCCAUGAGGGAAGAAAGCACUGAUGGACGACUUCGGUAUGAUCGAUUGCGUGAUGUGCUGGUCAAUAGCCUUACCAUGGUCAAGACCAGUGAGCUUGCCAAGAGCAGCAAAGGCACUUAUCUGCCGUUGUCAGUGUAUGCGCAGCAGCUUGGCUGCCUUUGGCAUUCGAAAGGAUACAACACGAACCAGAUCCAGGAGAACGCGCCACAGAUGUGGGAUCCAAUCUUGCAGGAAAAGACCUACAUGCUCCCGGUGACGUCUUUGCAAGAGAAAGAGGUGAAACAAAGGAUUGAGAGCUCUGUGGCUGCUGCAGAGCGAAGUGUCCGCAAGCGUAAGGUGGACCACCAGCCUGAGGCAGCCAAUGUUACAGGCGCUAUGAUCGUGGAUCUGUUGAGCGACAACGAAGACGCGCCGGACACGGAGCAACCGAUCCCUGAACCCGAACAAGAACUUACAGCUAAACAGUUGGAAGCCCAAAGGAAGAAGGAGGAGAAGGCUGCUGCACGCAAGGCAGAGCAGGAGCGCAAGAAAGAGAGCCAGAAAGAACGUCGUGAGAUGCUGAAGAUGAACAAAACCAUCGUGAAUUUGGCUGGCAAGGCUGUGGUGGAAUUGCAGCCUCUGUGCGUGGAGCUGCAGCAGACCUGCGCUUCUGGAGAUGACAAUUGGCCAGACCUCUUGAAAGAGAAUUUGGUGCAAGAGCGCGAUGUCCUGCUUGACUGGAAGAAGGCGGCGGCUGCAGCUUUGCAAAAGCAUGCCAAGAAUUCUGAGGCCAAAUUGGAAGCUCUCCCGUUCAAAGACAGCUGCACUGAGAAGGCGUUGCAUGGCAUUUUGCAGAUUGCUCGCCCAGAAGUGAUUCCCAAGUCUUACUCAGGUUACAAGCGCAAAGUCCACAAAGAACUACCACACGAUUGCACAGUAAAACUGCCAGUGGGAGAAAACAAAGAUGGACAGAUGAUCCAUGUAGCUGUGACUCACAUACCAAAGUUCUUGCAGCAUUUGGCAUCCCAGAAUGGUGCCUUCGCGAGGAGACUUGUCCACAUCAUUGACAGGUCUAACGGAGAGUCCUUCAAACCUUUGUUUUAUUGGGAUGAAGUGAUUUCAGGAAACCCGCUAGCACCGCAUUCUUCCAAGAAGAUUGCCAUUGGAUACUUUACUAUGGUGGAGUUGCAGCAGAGGCACAAAGAGGAAAGCUGGAUCCCGUUGCUGGUGGCGCAACACAAAAGCUUGGAGACAGUGAGCGGUGGUUUUUCCAGAAUGAUGCGAGAAGUGGUUUUGUUGGUGCGAUCUUUUGAUAUGCAACAUGGCAUUCCCUUGGAACUGGAUGGGAAUCAAAGGCUUCUUCGCAUUGACAUCAUGAAAGCAAAUUUCAUUGCAGACUUUGAUGCCAUCAGGGCAACGUACAAUUGGAGAGGCAGCGCUUCGAUCAAAGCGUAUAUAGCGUGCAAAAACGUGUACAAAAGAGAUUCCAAUCUUGUUGAUGGUGAGAACUAUCUUACAGAAAUUUCGGAAACCAAAUGGUCCAAGUUUGAUCUCUGGAGUGACCAGGAAGUUUUUGAGCUUUGGGAUAUGAUGGCUCGAGACACGCCCACAAUGAAAAAAAAGGACAAAGAAAAAUUCGAGAAGCUUGCUGGCUUCAAUUGGAAUCCAAAUGCUUUGUUCGCUCACGCUGAGGCCAGGGAAAUUUUGAAACCAAGUGCCGUGCUUUUUGAUCCAAUGCAUAUUUUCUGGGCAUCAGGUGUGGCAGCUUGGGAGGUUGUCAACUUGAUGUCAGUACUUGCGACCAAGUGCAAUUUUACUUGUGAAGAUCUAGCCGGAAAAAUUCAGGGCACCCCUUGGUGUAGUAGUACGCGAAAAGGGCAGUCCUGGCGAAAGAAUUUGGCUGAUGCACAAAAGUUCUCUGGUGAUGCUUACCGUGGCUCAGCCAGUGAUUUGAGAAUGCUCAUUCCUUUGAUGCUUUAUCACAUCAUGGAGUCAAUCGACGACACUGAGCCUGUUCAGGCUGAGCUUCAAUCCUUUUAUGCCCUGGUUAAGCUUCUGGAGAUUUUGGCCAGCUUUCAAUGUGGGAUCUCGAAAGUCAAAUGCCAACAACUUUUGAAGCAAACCGAAACCUACUUGGAGCUUUACCUUUUGGCCUAUGAAAACUGCAAGCCAAAGCACCAUUACCAAUUGCACCUGUGUGACAUGAUCUGGCGUACUCAACUUUGUGUGGACUGCUUCCCACAAGAGGCAAAACACAGGACGUAUAAGUAUCAACUUCAAAACAGGCUGGAUGGGAUGCUACAUGAUCCAUUCCUGUUUUCAGAAGGCGUCUUGACGCGUCUUUUGAACAGCCACUGCCGCCUUUUCGACAAGCCGUGCUUGCCUGGUGACCUCACACCUCCAGUAUCUGAAAGUCAGAAGCUUGUAGAUGGUUCGAUGGUGUCUGUGCUAGAAGGCGCCGCUUUAGAUCUGGAAGCAGGCCGUGUCUACAAAGAUGAUUUUGUGAUAAGCCCGCGUGGCAGCGGUUUGGUACGAGCUUGUUUGAGAUUUCGCGAUCGCGCUUGGGUGCACAUCGACCUCUACGAUAGAGUUUUUUGGACCGUGGAUUAG